GCCGAGACGCACCGCUCGGGAGCCGCGGGUACCGGAGCGGGCAGAGACCCCGGCGCUGCCUAACCCCCACCGGGCCGCCCGAGCUCCAUCCCCCUCCCCGGGAGGGCUGCGCGGGCCGCAAGACGCCCAGACGCCAGCUCGGUCCCCUUUCCGUCUCUCGGUUCAUCUUUCCUCCCAAGUAAGGGAAUAAGCCCCAAGGAAGGAGCGCUCCGGAGAACCGCGCAACAAAGUGUUGCAUGCUGAGGAAAAGCAAGGAUUUCUGAAUUUACCAUGACUACAGAUAGAAGGAUGUUGCCUUAGGAAUAGCAGAGGUCUUCUCUCAGCUGCUAAACGGUGCCCGCUGCUGCCAUAGACACUUGGGUCCUCGAGAAAUCUCCUGAAGGACUUGUCCAUCGUGUACUUGCAAUGAGCCAGGCCCUAGGCUGGGCCUUGGCUACAGCCUGGUGAACAAAACUCUCUCCCUAGCCUCAAGCGUGCACAUCCAGGAAAGAUGAGUGAAGAACGGUGGGUCUCCCUCACUCCAGAAGAAUUUGGCCAACUCCAGAAAUAUGCAGAAUAUUCUUCCAAGAAGAUAAAUGAUGUCUUGGCUGAAUUUAAUGAGGGUGGGAGCCUCAAACAGUAUGACCCACAUGAGCCUAUUAGCUACGACGUCUUCAGGCUGUUCAUGAGGGCGUACCUGGAGGUGGACCUUCCACAGCCACUGAGCACACACCUCUUCCUGGCCUUCAGCCAGAAGCCCAGACAGGAGACCCCGGACCACCCAAAGGAGGGGGCCAGCAACAGCGAAGCCAGUGGCCCAGAUUCCAACAUACAGAAUGCAGAUAAUGCUGCCAAAGCAGACGAGGCUUGUGCCCCUGAUAUGGAAUCAAAGAUCACUGAGAAGCAAGUGCCAACUAAAGACCAAGUAUCUGCGACCCCCCUGGGAAACCAUGCUGCUCAGUCUUCAGGCUCAGAAUCCCCCAUAGUGUACCUGAAGGAUGUCAUGUGUUACCUGUCCUUGCUGGAAACUGGGAGACCUCAGGAUAAGCUAGAAUUCAUGUUUCGUCUCUAUGAUUCGGAUGAGAAUGGUCUCCUGGACCAAGCGGAGAUGGAUCGUAUUGUCAACCAGAUGCUACACAUUGCCCAGUAUCUCGAGUGGGAUCCCACGGAGCUAAGGCCUAUAUUGAAGGAGAUGUUACAAGGGAUGGACCACGACCGGGAUGGCUUGGUGUCUCUCCAGGAGUGGGUCCACGGAGGGAUGACCACCAUCCCAUUGCUGGUCCUCCUGGGCAUGGACGACGCUGGCUCCAAGGGGGACGGGAGACACGCCUGGACCAUGAAGCAUUUCAAGAAACCAACCUACUGCAACUUCUGCCAUGUCAUGCUGAUGGGCGUUCGGAAGCAAGGCCUGUGCUGCAUUUACUGUAAAUACACUGUCCAUGAACGCUGUGUAUCCAAAAACAUUCCUGGGUGUAUCAAAACGAACUCAAAAACCAAAAGGGGCGGCGAGGUGAUGCAGCACGCGUGGGUGGAAGGGAACUCCUCUGUCAAGUGUGACCGGUGCCACAAAAGUAUCAAGUGCUACCAGAGUGUCACCGCGCGGCACUGCCUGUGGUGCCGGAUGACGUUUCACCGCAAGUGUGAAUUGUCAACUUUGUGUGAUGGUGGGGAGCUCAGAGACCAUAUUUUGCUGCCCACGUCAAUAUGCCCCAUCACCCAGGACAGGCAAGAUGGGAAGUCUGAUGGUAGCAUGUCAGCCAAGGAUGAACUUGUAACGCAGUAUAAGAUCAUCCCCACCCCGGGUACCCACCCCCUGCUGGUUUUGGUGAACCCCAAGAGUGGAGGGAGACAAGGAGAAAGAAUUCUUCGGAAAUUCCACUAUCUGCUCAACCCCAAACAAGUUUUCAACCUGGACAAUGGGGGGCCUACUCCAGGACUUAACUUUUUCCGUGAUACUCCAGACUUCCGUGUUUUGGCCUGUGGAGGAGAUGGGACAGUUGGCUGGAUUUUGGAUUGCAUUGAUAAGGCCAACUUCGCAAAGCAUCCACCCGUGGCUGUCCUGCCUCUUGGAACGGGAAAUGACCUGGCCCGCUGUCUCCGCUGGGGAGGGGGUUAUGAAGGCGGCAGCCUGACAAAAAUCCUGAAGGACAUUGAGCAGAGCCCCUUGGUGAUGCUGGACCGCUGGCAUCUGGAAGUCAUCCCCAGAGAGGAGGUGGAGAAUGGGGACCAGGUCCCGUACAACAUCAUGAACAACUACUUCUCCAUCGGCGUGGAUGCUUCCAUCGCACACAGAUUCCACGUGAUGAGAGAGAAACACCCCGAAAAAUUCAACAGCAGGAUGAAGAACAAGCUGUGGUACUUUGAAUUCGGCACCUCGGAGACCUUCGCAGCCACCUGCAAGAAACUCCACGACCACAUAGAGUUGGAGUGUGACGGAGUUGGGGUGGACCUGAGCAGCAUCUUCCUUGAAGGCAUUGCUAUUCUCAACAUUCCCAGCAUGUACGGUGGUACCAAUCUCUGGGGAGAAACCAAGAAGAACCGAGCUGUGAUCCGGGAAAGCAGGAAGGUCGUCACUGACCCCAAGGAACUGAAAUUCUGCGUUCAAGACCUCAGUGACCAGCUUCUUGAAGUGGUGGGGCUAGAGGGAGCCAUGGAAAUGGGGCAGAUCUACACUGGCCUGAAGAGUGCAGGCAGGAGGCUGGCCCAGUGCUCCUCUGUCUCCAUCAGGACGAACAAGCUGCUGCCAAUGCAAGUGGAUGGAGAGCCCUGGAUGCAGCCACCUUGCACGAUUAAAAUUACUCACAAGAACCAAGCGCCUAUGAUGAUGGGGCCCCCCCAGAAGAGCAGCUUCUUUUCUCUGAGGAGGAAGAGCCGUUCAAAAGACUAGACACUAUGCCCAAUGCCAGUUCAACCAAGAGAGAAGACAAGAAACUGAAGCACACACACACACAUAUACACACCACACACACACACACACACACACACACACACACACGCACACACUCUUCUCCAACCAGUGGAAGCCAAGCCACCCUUCAGGAAGAAGGCUUCACCCUGACAUCCAUUCUAUUUCAACCAUGGACACACUCCAACAGAACCAGUGCCGGCAGGACAUUGUGAAUGGACUUAGGGCCCUCCAGGGUGCAGCUGGCUCAUGCAGCAACCUCCACUUUCCCAGAAGACCUUGAGCGGGACUUUCUGAGACUGAAGGAGAAACCCCCCCUUUCUUUCCACCAGCCCUGCAAGUUUCUUCGCCGCUCGCAAGGAGCAAGCUGCAGGCUUCCUGUCUAAGGGGAGAUCGGAUGUGGCCAAGGGAAAGAGCCUGCAUUCCAGGGGACGCUCACAAAGGUCCCUCUGUGAGGAGACAAAAACACCUCCGACUCUCAGAUCGCAGCCCUUGGCAGGACUCAGCAUACGCACGCUGGUUUCUCGGUUGUCCUUCGAGUGACAGCUUCUCCCGGAACUUGCUGAGGAGGCAGAAAUGCUGUGGAAAGCUGUGUUUCCCUUCUUGGUUCUGCGCACUCUCAGUGGGCACUGGUGAUUUUCCUGAAGCCUUCUGGUGGCUGUGUGUUUGUUUAGAGCCGGCUCCAAGAGCCCCCAGAGCUGCCUACAUAGCACACCUUAGAUGUGGUAUUUAUUUUCUUAGUUCUGUGAACACCUGGGAGGGAAAGCAGAGAAACUGAGAUUUAUUUUUCAAAUUGGUGUCAUAAUAUUGUGUAAAAAGGGAAGAAAAAAAAAAAAAAACACCCCCAGCUUCUUUCUUUUUCAAGCCACAGCGUGUUUCCUGUUUGAGUUCCAAGCCCUGGUGGCAGACUAUUCCUGAAGGCAAAGAAGAUGGGAGGGAAGGGCCUUUUGCUGAGACCAGGAGACAAGGCGUCAGGCAGUUCCCUCCUGCCUCUGCAACGACCACUCCCCGAGCACGACCUGGAGGCCCUACUGAAGGUCUUAGGUGUGUGUACAUAUAUGUAGCAUAUAUAUAUUUAUAUAUACAAAUAUUUAUUUACUGGUGGA